AUGAGCUCCUCUCCCGGAGAUGGCCACGAAGGCGGUAACAAUGUGGAUAUGGAGACGGAUGAACUGGCGCGAACAUCGGAGGCGCGGAUCGAGGACGAAAGAGCGGAAGAAGACGCAGACUAUGGAGACUGUGAGGAUGCCGCAGAGGGUGGUGCAGGAGAUCCGGCUGAAGAGGAGCUUCUCCCCGAGGCUGGAGGCAAUGGCAACAGCAGUUCCAUAUCAGAGGACAUAGAUGAUCAGGACUUCCCACAACUCAGCAGAGAAGAGGGACAAGCUACGGGUAGUGUGAGCCCAGAAAUCGACCUGGAUGUGGGUCCAUCCACGCCAACUCCAGUGAGCCCUCUGGCCAGUUGGCCGGACUCGGGCUCGAUACCCGACGACACACUGUCUCAGCGAGGCUCUUUGGCAUCCUCCCCCGGCCGGAUCAUGUCGUCAGGACCGCGGAAGACAGUGUCAAGAACGCCAUCUGGGGCACUGCAGCCAUUUGAGCGUAGAUUCGAGACACGUCUGUCAGCAUCGCCCGCCGGCUCACCCAGAGCCCAAUCACCGGGCUUUCUUAGCCCACAGUCCAGACACAUCUCCAUCUCUUCGCAGCUAUCUGGCGUUUCCUCACAGGACGGUGGCUCAGCGACCGACACCCCGCAAGCUCCAUGGGAAGUAGUGCGGUGGAGGAAGUUGCGUAAAGUCACAGGUCAGGCGUUUUCGGAAUCUGGAAAGCGAAGUUUCGGUCGACCAACAUGUGUGGCUGUCUCUGCCUUGAUAGCGAUUGGCACAUCGAAAGGCCUGGUCCUGGGAUUUGACUACCAUGAAACCCUAAAGAUCAUUAUCGGUCAAGGCACGAAGGCUACGGAAUGUGGCUCGGUGACCGCCAUAGCCAUAUCUGCGGACUACUCCACGAUAGCAACGGGUCAUGCUAAUGGCUUCAUACUGACCUGGGAGAUCAAUCGCCCAGCUCGCCCAUUCCUAAUGAUCCCACCCCUGGACCGAAAUGUUCUACAGCAGGCACAACAUCCGGACGGCCACUUGGAGAACUGCGCGAUCCUACAUAUCGGCUUUCUCGGGACUCGACACACGGCGCUCGUUUCUGCAGAUGCAGCCGGUAUGGCAUUCUCACAUCUGGCUACACGCGGUCUUGGUGCAGUCACAAGGUCCAUCAAGACUACACGGUUGCUGGGCAGAUAUCCCUCUGCUGAACCUCAGGUUCAGCCCAGCAAGAAGCCGAGUUCAGUGCUUGCGUUCUCACCACUGCCACUUGGUAAUGUGGAGCAAGCCACAGAUGGCAUGGGUCUCACAGCACUGCUCACACCGUACCUCCUUGUGAUAGUUUCUACCACACCCAUCGCCCAGACGCAACACAAAGCUCCACGACCAAAGGAGCUCACUCCACACAGUACGCUCAGCGGUUGCCUCGCCUGGUUUCCAGCUGUCAAGCUGAAGAGCUCAAGUGCGGACGCUGAGAAGGGCAAUUCUGACACCAAGCUUGUCUACUGCUGGUCGAAUGUGCUUACAGUGCUAGACGUCAAGGUCAUCGAAAACGCCGAUCCGCAAAAGCAGCCUUCUUUGGAGUUCGCCCCACGCAGUCGUUGGCGAGCAGACGAGGCCAUAGUUGCAGUACAAUGGCUGGGCCGUUCUGUACUAGGUGUGCUCACAAUUAGUCAAAGAUUGCUCAUCGUAGAAGAUGUGUCGCUGCAGGUGACUGAUACAAUCGAUCUGUUGCACAAGCACAUCUAUCAUCAGGAUCUGAUCUCGCAGCAGUUACACGCAGUCGUGGAGCAGCUCAACACCGAUGACCCUUCGCUACAUGGAGUCGUCGCUGAUGCAUUCUACAUGAGCUACAAGGUGUACAAGGGUCGGACCUUCUUACUGGGAUUCAACGAUCUGACUGUGGGCAUCCUCUCAAACUGGGCUGAUAGGCUCAUGGCAUUGAUGGAAGCUGGAGACCACAUCGCUGCGAUCCGCCUUGCAACGGAAUACUAUUCAGGAAGUGCCAACAACUUGACCAUAGGUCUACCUGCCACGGAUGGUGCUAGGCAUGAGCUGGUGGAAGAACGUCUGCUAGCCAUGAUCUCGGCAUCGCUGAACUACACUUUCGCACAGCAGGACAGUGAAAGAUCGACAAGGCUGCGAGAGCUUGCAGAAGUGUGCUUCGAGGCGUGUGUCAUGAUGGAAGAGACGGACUAUCUUUUCGCCGAUGUCUUUGAGUACUUCGAGGAAGCAGACGAAGGCUCUGUGUUCGUCAUUACUCUCGAGCCCUAUGUCCUUGAUGGAGAAGUGAACAUGCUGCCGCCGGAGGUAGUCAAGGCCGUUGUCUCGCACUUCAUCGGCGAAGCGCAAGGGUCUCGAUUGGAGGAGCUGCUGUGUCGGCUUGAUCCUCAUUCCUUUGACCUGGAUCAAGUCACCAUGCUUUGCAGGCAGCACACUUUGUACGAUGCUCUCAUAUACAUCUGGACACAGGCUCUGCAAGAUUAUGUCACGCCGCUAAUCGACCUGUUGACGCUCGUCAAGAUGCUUCUCGAGGGCGACGAAGAUGAAGACAUCACGGAAAACCUGUUCUACGAUUCAGCUGCGAAGACGUUUCCGUAUCUCGCCUACUCUCUUACAAGCAGGCAAUACCCGAGCGGCGACAUAAUGGACGACGAGGAAGGAUCGCAAGCGAAGACAGACUUGUAUGGUUACCUCUUCGCAGGCACGCCAGUGGCGUGGCCACAGGCAAGCAAGAAAACCUUCCGCACAACGUCCCAGUCCAACGACGAGCCGGCCUACCCUUACCUGAGCUUAUUGCUCCAAUUCGACGUAGGCAGCUUCAUGAGCAUGCUCAAUGAGGCGUUCGAAGAUCCUUUUCUCAACGAGGCCGAAGACGAUAGCGGCACCAAUGGCACGUCACUCACGAAUGGACUCACCGCGCGACAAGGGUAUAGGAUAAGUCGACAGCAGAUUAUCGAAAUCUUGCUGAUAGUAAUGCGGCAAGGCGAAUUCGAGCCUGAACAAGUUGUCUAUCUCGACAUGUUCAUCGCGCGAAGUCUGUCAAAAUACCCGGGGCAGCUGAUCUUGUCGGGAACUCUGCUCAACAGCGUAUUGCAGCGGCUGUGUCAUCCGCCACUUGAGUCUCUCCGGGAUGAUUGCCAACUCAGCGUGGAGUACUUGCUCUCAGCAUACCACCCUUCAAGCGUUACCACUUUGAUCGAAGCAUUGAGGAAAGCACGGUUCUUUCGGGUCCUGAAAUCGGUCUACCGAAGCGAGCGACUCUACACUGAGCUUCUCGACACUUACUUCGAGGAUCCCGAUGACAAAGAUGCUGUGUUUGAUCUUAUAAAGUUGUGUCUGCGCGAUAGUACGGGACUGAGCAACAAACAGACUCAAUCCAUCAAGCAAGUCAUUGAUCAUCAUGUGUACGAUCUUGCGGCUAUCGACAUCGUGCUCACUGCUCGUACGCUGGCGAUCUCAGCGCCGGAUCUGUUGCAAUCGAGCGUUGAUGCACUAGAGGACUCGCACCAGCAGUUCAUAUUCCUCAGAGCCCUGCUUGAGCCAUCAUCACUGCGUGCGCAGCAGCUUAGUGUCUCUCCGCUGACGCAGGAGAGCCAAAAGGACUUCACAGAGCAGUAUGUACAGCUCAUGUGCCGGCACGAUCCUACACAUGUUGCAGACUAUAUCAAAGUCUUGCCUUCGAGCGACCUACGACUUGAGAGGGUGCUUCCAGCUAUGGAAAACAGCGGUGUCAUCGAUGCGGCAGUCGCUCUACUUGCACGAGAUGGCCUGGCUCGCGAUGCAAUGGACCGGCUCGUAUCGCAUAUGCAAAGUCUUCAACUUGCUUUAACGAGUCUAAUCGACGCUGCGGCAUUGCCCGAAGUCACUGCCUCGGAAGAAACGUCGGAUGAUCUGGUUGAAGACCUAGAGAAGUAUACUACAGUGGGUAUCUGGCUGUGCCAAAGCCAGAGUGCUGUCGUCACCCGGAAACCACGACCUCGGAGUAAUAUGGUCUGGGACAUAGACGAAAACGACCUUGAUCUGGACGAAUACCUGUGGCUUAAUCUAGUCGAUAUCGUGGUUAAGGUGACACAGAGCGUCAUGGAAGCUCUAAACCACUUCGAGGAACAUCCAAGCGACCAAGCAGGAGAUCCUUUCGAUCCGAGCAAGCUCGCGUCGUCUCUUCGAGCCAAUGUCCAACAAGCCUUCACAGCCCUCAUGGCCACCACCGCCAUCCCCAGCGUCAAGCUCAAAGAGAACGAAGACGCACCAAACAAACCCAAACAGCGCGCUGAUCACCUUAGCUUCCUACGAGUCCUUCGAGCUUUCCUCUCCCGCGCUGCCUCAAGCGCUCCAUCCCUAGCAGAUCUUCGCGCAGUCCUUCAAGACAUCUUCUCAGCCUACACUUUCGAGAGCGGAGUCCUCAGCCUAGCCAACGAACUCCUUGGCUCAGACGUCUUCACCGAGAUCCAAGAAGCCAACACCCUUCGCCAACGCGGCUGGCGACCCCGAACCCAGGUUUGCGAACGCUGCAAACGACGUGCUUGGGGGCCAGGGAUAGGGGAGAUUGUCUGGGACGAGUGGGUCGCUCGGGAGCAAGAACGUGAGGCGGACAAAGCGAGGAAGAUGCUGGAACGUGGUGGAGGGGAGCAGGCGAGACGACUAUCGAGGGGAAAAGCUAAGGCGCCGGCUACACCUACGAUAGAGAGGGAGGGUGGAAGUGAGGAGGCUAAGAAGCUUGCGCUGGUGGUGUUUGCGUGUAGGCAUGUGUUCCAUCGGGUUUGUCUCGAUGAGGAGUUUAGGGAGGGCAGGCCGUUGAGGAGGGAGGUGUAUAGAUGUCCGAGCAAUGAUUACUUUCUCAGAGAGCAAGGCCUACAUGGCGACUUCGGACCUUGUGCCCCUGAGCCUUUCGAUGAGCAGUUUGAACUCUUGCCUGUGUCCCUGGAGGAGUACCUUGCACAAAUUCGAGAAGCACUGCCGAGCUGGCUUCACGACAAGUACGAUGUCUUCCUCAGUUCCUGGAGAAACAGAGUUCCUAUAGAGUUCCAUCAAGACGGUGAGCCUUUGUUGGUCGUUGGUGAUGACGGGCUAGGAUGCAUCAAGGCCGAUGCUCCAAGGCAUAGGGGUAAAUUUCGCUAUGCAAAAAGGGAUGGACCAACAACCCAUUACUUCCAAGAAGGACCUCUGACACCUGGUGAAAUCUAUGCUCUGGCUUCGAGGUUCGUGAUCGCACCAGACUUCUUCGCACGCAAUCUGGCGAUGGGCUGGGCGGUAAGCGAAACCACAACGCACACCCCAGCAGCCUUCUGGAAUGAUGUUUGUGCGGAUGAAUCAGAAUGGCACAUGUGCCUUGUACCAUGUACGACCGUGGACAGAUGGGAUAGUCCCGUUUACGCUACUGGAAAGUCGUCGACAAUAUCCUGUAUCAAGACAGCCGACAACAAGCACCAUCUCUUCUUAGUGAGCGAAGCCAUCCGUCUCGACUUCGAAGAGGCCAACCGACCCGAGGACUGCCGACUGAGAGCCUGGCUACAAAGCAGUCUGCGUCCUCGGCCCACACCACUGGAACCAAAUCUACCGAUGUGGAAGGCACCGUCUCCGGCAGAGACGCAGCUAGAUGCAUUCCGGCGAAUCGCUGCAAACUCCGUGAAGCAUGAUUUGAAGUCAGGAUAA